AUGGCAAGCCACGAUUGCAAAGGCUACAAUAAGCUGGCCGCUCUAAUGGCCUGUGAUCCCGGACCCGCGAUAUAUCGUCGGUUUGCCAAACUCAAUUCAAAAACCCUACUCUAUCUUCAAGCGGAAAUUUCCUGCCUACAGAACGAACUUAGCGACAUCGUCCAUGAGGUUAGCGUUUCCGAAGGUAAAGAAACGUAUUCGUUCGACUUGUGGGAUAUGAAGCAGGAUCAAUACCCGUUUCAGUGGAAGAAGAUCCUCGAAGUGCGUCAGCUACUAAGUGAAUAUAAUACUGCUCUUAUCCAGCAAGCGGAGAUUCUGCGGUUCAGCGACCCUGAGACGGGCGAUCUUCGCGUAUUGCAGAACUGGCUUGUCGGUGAAGAAAGCGGCACAAUGGCGCUUUCCCCGCCCAGUCAGUGGAAUGGGGACAAUGAAAAGAAUUUGCUGUCGCUGCGUAAUCGGCAUGACGGGGCGGAUCCCUUCACCCGGUGGGUGUAUAUCCGACUUAUCCCCUUGUUUCAUCGGUUGUGCGGUCACAAGGAUACUACAAAGCGAUUCGAUAUCGAGUCUGAUACUUACCAUUACGACGAUCGAAAAGUUCGAUCCCGGACGUAUAUGAUCAGCUUGAUUGUCGCCGGGUUUCUGCCUGCAUCGUCAAUGAUUGUGUUGUAUUUCGUGAGAAAUACGGCGGCGAGAUUUGCCACGCUUUUUACGUACAACAUCGUGUUCGUCCUGGUCAUGGGCUUCAUGGUGAAGGCCAGGCGAGUGGAUAUCUUUGCGACGGCGACAGUGUUUGCUGCUGUGCAAGUCGCUUUGAUCACGAACACAAACUUUGGGGCCUAG